CUCAAAUCCCGCCCGGGAUUGAUACUGACGUCUAGGCGCAGCUCAAAUCUCCUCCCCGGAUGCCCCAGAAACCCUAAAACACAGUCAUCGCCACACACUCACUUUUUUGGGUCGUUCAUGGUGCGGAUCUGCGAGAGGAGGAUGAAGUUUUUGGUGGCAGUCACAUUGAUCGUUGGCUCGGUGAUUUUCCUGCUUUUCCCGAGCGGAUCGGAUGCGGAUGAGAAGAAAAAAGGACCUAAAGUCACGGCUAAGGUGUACUUUGACAUCAGGAUUGGAGAUGAGGAUGCAGGACGGAUAGUCAUUGGACUCUUUGGAAAGACUGUCCCUAAAACAACGGAAAAUUUCCUCCAGCUGGCCACAGGAGAGAAAGGAUUUGGUUACAAGGGCAGCAAGUUCCAUCGGGUGAUUAAAGACUUCAUGAUCCAGGGAGGAGAUUUCACUAGGGGAGAUGGAACCGGAGGCAAGAGCAUUUAUGGAGACCGUUUCCCUGAUGAGAACUUCAAGCUGAAGCAUUACGGCCCUGGUUGGCUCAGCAUGGCCAAUGCCGGCAAAGACACCAAUGGCUCCCAGUUCUUCAUCACCACAGUCCAAACGCCCUGGUUGGACGGCAAACACGUUGUGUUUGGCAAAAUCCUGGAGGGCAUGGAUGUGGUGAGAAAGAUCGAGGGAACAAAGACGGAUGGGCGGGAUAAACCUCUCAAGGACGUCAUUAUCCACGACAGUGGCAAGAUCGAAGUGGAAAAGCCUUUUGCAGUAGCUAAAGAGUAAUUUAAGUUUGAGGGAACAACAGGACUCUGGGUUUAAGGGGAUUGAAUUUGGUGCCACUAGAGAUCUAGUGGAAAGAUAGUGUGUGUGUAUGUGCUUUUGGUGCUCCGCCCCCUCGUGGGACCGUCACACACCAGUCCUGAUCCGCAGAGCGGCACUUCCUGGGUCCAGUUCUAACAGGCAUUCCAAUCGGUCAGACUUCUGACCCAACCUGCUUUUAUAAUCAAAUCUUCAAUAAAGGAUCCAGAUUUUCUUAA